AACAAGUACAGUCUGACGUGUCGACUGAUCAUUUGGUCUACAAAGUGACCUGUUUUAUAGAAUCUACUGAAGAAACAAUGGCGUCCGCCGCUACAGGUGAAAUCAUUGUAGCAAAGGAGGAAAUACACGGAUUCGUGAUUCGCUGUUUGGUUACUGCAGGAGCUGAGGAAAAAUACGCAAGGACGUUUGCAGAUUGUUUGAUUACGGCAGAUUAUAGAGGGCACUACAGUCACGGGGUGAACAGACUAGAGUUUUACAUCGAGGAACUAAAACGGGGUAUACUAUGUGGAGGAAAAGGAACAGAGCCAACUGUUACUAAACAGAACUUAGCCACAGCCCUGGUCAAUGGGAACAACCUAUUUGGACCGGUGGUGGGUAAAUUUUGCAUGGAGCUAGCGAUUCAGAAAGCUAAAGAGGUGGGCAUCGGCAUGGUCACAGCAAGAGGUUCCAACCAUUUCGGGAUAGCAGGAUGGUACAGUCUCAUGGCAUGCGAUCAAGGCUUACUGGGAAUGGCGUUCACAAAUGCAUCCGGUGCUAUAAUACCCACACGGUCUAAAGUGAGAACGUUAGGAACAAAUCCGAUAUGUAUGGCAGCUCCGGGAAAAAAUGGCGACAGCUUUGUUUUAGACAUGGCGACCUCCAACGUGGCGUGGGGAAAGGUUGAGCUACAGGUACGGAAAGGACAACCAUUGUCUCCUGGAUGGGUUCUGGAUAAAGAUGGAAAGCCUACGGUAGAAAGGAGCGAAGUUGCCGGUCUUCUCCCACUAGGGGGCGUUGAGGAGACAAGUGGCUACAAGGGUUACGGAUUGUCAAUGAUGGUUGAAGUGCUUUGUAGUGUCCUAGCUGGUUCACCAUUUGGACCUUUUAUUCGGAUGUGGAGAACAUAUGAGAGACCAUCAGAUAUGGCACAUUGCUUUAUUGCUGUUGAUCCGAAUUCUUUUGAGGACGGGUUUUCUGACCGACUACAGGACCUCAUAGACCACUGUCGCAAUUUAGAAACGGCUGACGAUGCAGCUGGAAGUGUGAUGGUAGCCGGUGAUCCUGAACGUAAACACAUGAAGUUGUGUGACGACCUGGCUGGUAUACCUUAUCAUACAAACCAAAUUAAAAACAUGGAUGACCUAGCAGAAAAACUGAAUUUGGAGAAAUUAAAGCGUCGUGAAGUUCAGCCAAACACAUAAAGACAUAUCUUGAAUAUUUGAUAUUUCAUUUAUGUAUAUGAAACUGUAUAGCAUUACUGUGGGAUAUCUGGAUCCUACAUCGUUUUCCGUUCGCUAGUUAAAAAGUGGAAAUGUAUGUUAAUAGUGAUUUGAGUGUACAUAAUCAUAUAAAUCAGGUUUAUUUUUGGAUAACUGACCACAUGUUCUGUUUUGUAAUCAAAUGCUUUUUUCUUUGUAUCUCAUGCUUUUAAUAAAUGUGUGCUUUUUA